AUGGCUCUCCAACCGUUUGUGUGCUGUUUCUUUGUGGUGAUCAUUUUCUUCUGCAAAGGUUGUCAUUCAGAGCAGCCUGCAUGUGGCAGCAGGGCUGUGAAGAGCAGCAACAUCACAAGAGGUCAGGAUGCAACACCAGAAAGUUGGCCCUGGUACGCUGAAGUAAACUCUCUUUUUGGAGGGUCUCUAAUCACCGACCAGUGGGUGCUGACAACUGCAUCCAUCACACUAUUUGAUUUCAGUAGCAUAGAGGUGUAUCUGGGCCGCCACAGCAGGUCAGCUUCAAACCCAAAUGAAGUAAAUCGGACAGUGAUCAACGUCACCUGCCAUCCUGAAUUCAACUCAUCGACUCAUGAGAACAACAUUUGCCUUCUGAAGCUGUCGGCUCCUGUGAAUUUCACAGACUACAUUCAGCCGAUCUGCUUAGCCUCAGAAAACAGCACGUUUGACAAUGAGACCAGCAGCUGGGUCAUCGGUUUUGGUGACGAUGGUACCCUCCAAUUAGGUAAUGAGUCCAACACCCUGCAGGAGGUAAGAAUAAAAAUAGUGGAAAACUUUAAGUGCAAAUUCAUCUAUGAAGACUACUUUAGGAUCGCCAUUGUGACAGAGAACGAGAUCUGUGCUGGCUUCGAGGCUGGAGGCAUUGAUCCAUGUCAGUUUGACAUAGGGGGACCGCUCAUGACCAAAAAAGAGUCAGUCUGGGUCCAGAAUGGACUUCUCGGUUAUACCUUAUGUGGUAUUUUGGGAAGACCUUCAGUGUUCACUCGUGUAUCCCAGUACCACAAAUGGAUCAGCGACACAGUCACAGGGACUCCACCAGGCUUUGUUCCUGUCACCACCCCAGGCAGUUCAACAUCACCAACCACUAAACUCACCACUCUCCCUACAACUUCCCGCAAUAUGUGACAGUGUGUUAGACAGUGUUGAAAACCUGAUCUACUUCACUCAUUUCUCUUCAGUCUGUGUUCUUGUUGUUUUGCUGCACAUAUUUGCUGGAACUGGUAAAAUGUAGAUUAACACAUUUGCUCUGUUCCAUAAUUACAUGCAAACAUGAAAAAUGUUAAACAAUUUUCCCUUUUUUGCCCUUUUUGUUUUCAUGAAAAACUUUUAAGGUGAAUGUUACACUUUUUACUCCACACUGUAAAAAAAGAAAAAUCCAUAACAAAAUCAUGCCCUGGGAAUUUUCUGCUGGGACAUUUUCUGAUUUUUUUUACAGAAGUUUACAGGCUUUUCUGUUAUAUUGGAAAAUUUUGUAGACUUACAGUAUGUUUUCUAUAUCAUUAACAAACAUUGUCGUUAACAAUAAAAUGUUUAUAUCACUCA